CAGUUAGUACCAUAUGAAGCGUCACAGUUCAGAUUCACUGAGUGUGCAGACACUCUACUUCUCCUGAUCUGACUUCGGUUAAUUUACGAAAUUAUUGAUGAAGUAUAAAUUGUUUCGGAAUUUCACAUAUUUUUACCGUAUGAAAACUUCUUUCCGAGGCGUAGGAAAAUAGAAUACAUACAGUAACAAAGAAUCGUUACCGUAAUAAUCGUAAAAAUUAGAUAAGAUUUGUCUCCGCGCCACGGUUGAGAUUAACAUAGAAGUAAAAGUAAAAUUUACCUAAGAUUUUGAAAUGUUGGAUUAAAUAGGGUAAAAUAACAACGUUAUUGGGACAUUCGUUCAAGCCAAGUAAUCCAUUUUUCAUUAGAGCGAUCACACAUUUCUGUCAGAUAAUAGAGUCCUGGGACGAGAGUGAAAAUUCGAGGACUUACGGGUACCGUAAUUGAAUAAGAUAUAAAGAUUAAUACAAUAGGGUUUUACGAGAGAGCAUGACGCCUAUUAAGGUGUCAGCCUGUAAUCGAGGAAUAAUCUAUGCUAGGGAUCGAGUUUAGCAGAGAUCAAACAUUAUAACAGGUAAAUAAUAACAGUGCGGUAGUAAAACUAGUGAAACCUUCCGAUGGGAGGUACGGAGUACUUAGGGCUGGUUACCUGCAACGCAACAAAUGCUGACGAAGGAUAUAGAAGUACCGUGACAGGAUAACGCAAUUGGUACUGCAGGAUCUCAGGAGAAUCAGAACCGAAUAGUGAAUAUCUGUAAUUGAACUAUGAUGUAUAUUAGGCUUGGUGUAACGUUAACGGAAUUCGUUCACACAAGGUAAAUGCUGGUGUAUCCUAUAGCUUACGUUUUUCGAUGCGUACUCACUAUAUAUGCAUCGAGUACGUUCAUCGUAGAAGCGUACGUAGCCUUGCCGUGUCUUUACGAGUCUACGGCCGUUGCAGUCCAAAUGUCGGCAAGACGGCAUUGAUAGCCGUCCCCCGUUGCCGUUUGUUCCAUUGUUUGUUAUCGCCUCCUCCUUCACCUUUAUGGGUAAGGGAGUCUAUAAGACCUGAUGGGUUCCUGAUCAUUUCGCAGCUGUCUGUAUCGCGUAUCUUUGUAACUACCCUAGUUUGUUUUUUCCUUACCAACAUAUUAACAGAAAGCUUCUAGCUCGCCCUAUUCUCGAAAGCACAAUGUUAUCUAACUUGAAUGCUGGUCGACGGUUGCUAGGUGGGAAACACUUCGAUAUAUAGAAUCAACUUGGCCCGCAAAAUGCAGGGACCCGAGAACGACUUAUGCGAUGUGUAACACUGUAGUGGUUUUCCUACGAUUGCUUUGGUUUUCAAAAGGGAUCCAUCAUACAACUGCAGUACAAUCGGUCUGCUUUCCUGCGUGGUUCAAUUGAGUCAAACUGGACAUGGGAGACAGGGAUGGCUAUCCAACGGAUUGCACUUGAUCGCCCGAUUGCGUGAGAAUCUAUUAUAGCGGCGUUGGCUUAUCUUAUAAUGUGCCCGGCACUUCUCUCGGUACCAUGUGAAAUGUGCCUCUCAACGGCGUACAGCCGGAUUAUUAUCACGUCGCUUGUUCGGGUAUUGAAAAACGAUUUUGAAGUUGUCAAAGACGAGUUAAGUGAGUGGAUCUCUUGUACUAAUCCUUCGUUAUUUUCGCAGAAAAUCUGUAUGCUGAAAGUCGCCUAUGGAGAAAGUACAACAAUGUAAUAUAUAUCCGUUAGCUGUGAGGCCUUUACGGCUUUUAUAGUAACGAAAGAUUGGCCCCUUAGAGCUUUCGCCGUGCUCUAUCGUGAGAGUUCCAUUGGCUAGCUAACCGUAUGAGGUUAGAAAAGUAAUGCCACAUGUCUUCUCAGAAAGAGGUAUGAUUUCGAACGUUUCCUAACGUAUUCUAAGGUGACGGCAAGCUAAUUAGGAAAUAAAUGACAAGAUUACAUAAAAUUGAUUCAUAGUUCAGGUACGUUUCGAAUGUGCCCUGGGAAUAGAGGCCUGUUUGACUUGAUUAAAGAAGCAGUGCUACCAACAGUCAGCUCACUAGUCCCGAUAAAGACUCCAUUCGCUAAGAUGCUCGCUGAUAGACCAGCCGUCGAAAUAAGCGCCAGUAAAUGGGCUCCAAUCGCAGUUAUAAAAGGAAACGAGGUAAAUGAUACCAAGGCAUGGGGCGAUUGAUGAACAGGGUUAGAAAACUGAGGGAACGAAGGAGCAAACAAGUGCUCUAUAUCGAAGCCAAGCGUGGGUGGCGCCAACCUGGUGUAGUGGUGAUUUUAGGUAAGAACAACUGCGACCACGAGCAUGAUUAUCUGCAAUGAAUAAGGCCAACGAAAAGUUAACGGCGAUGACACUUAGUUCGUCAUCGCUGAUCGGUGUCGUGUCACAAUGGGUUAAUCGGCCCGUCUUUGCAUAGCCUGCAUUGCUUCGUUUUUGAUAAAACGCCUCAUCAUACACCCGCGUUGGGCCGUACCUCUUCAGCUUAAGCCCCUUUAAAUUCCCUGCAACAUCUUUUUGAGCAUCACGGCUAAGUAAAACCAGCCAUCUGGUCCAGUACUCAAUACAUACUUUCUACUAAGCUAUUAUUUCUUCUUUCUGAUCGUGCUCUUUUUCUAUUUUCAUGGUACGUCGUUAUUGACUUGGUUGAGACUUUUCGUUUACAGUACGCGUUCAAUCCAACAGGUCUGUACAUUUGCUCGUUCGUUUGAGCUUGGAGACUUCAAACUUCUGUUUAUUAUACCAACUACCAUAUCUGAUUUACUUGAGGUCAUUUAAAUAGCUUGGAUCAUUGCCUUUACAGACGACGUAAGACGUACGCAGUAUAUACAUCGGAGAGCCGACUCUACCCUUAGUCAAUAAGCACGAAGCAGGAGGGACUUGGGCCGUAGAAACCAUAGAGAUUAUUAGCUCGUGAAGAACUGAUGCCCAAGCUCCGUAAGGAUCCCUGAAGGCAUGAGGCUUGUGUGCUAAUAUAGACAGCUGCAACCUUUGUAGCUCAUUUGUCAAGUAUUGAAAAAUAAUGGAUCCUAUACCACUGUGUGCCCCUGUCGGCUUUAUAUUGUCACACUAUCUUUGUCGCACCACCGCAAUUUCGAAGUCCUUUUUGUAGUAUCCGCUUUGUUGAGGAACUUUCCACUUUCAUUAGGGAAAACUUGCAGACCAUCGAGGACAAACUAAGAAAACGAUAACGAGGCAUCCGGAAGCGGGGGAGGAAUGAAUCUCAUCGUAGCACACUUAACGUCGAGGAAUGUCGAAGAUGUCGAGAUUAUGACAACCCUUCUUGAUUGUAUUUAGGUUUUUACCUGUUCUGUCUCUUUGUUCAUCCCCUUCCCUCACUUUUCCGUUUUUUGUAAUGCGGCAAGUCUGUUACCAUCCGGAAGUUCGCUAGUCUAGUGCCUAUGCUGACUACGCCCCUCUCGUCGUGCAGGGACGGUUUAACUGACAUAGGAACUUCGUUUAACGGUGGUCACCCUAUCUCAGACGAGACCUACGAUCAUUUCAUAGAGCCAAAAAGGGUAUAAUGGGUUAAAAAGAAAAGGGCCAACAGUAGGAGCUGAGUAGGAACAGCCUGCUUAGGACUUACUGAAGCUGGUGCGUGACUUAUAUGCUAUAGUGCUAUAACGUAUUAUAAUCAUAUGAGACCAGCACUUUCUAAACGAUCUAACAGCAGCCCAUCAUAUUAACAAUAUGUCUGAAGCCUCGUACCUAUUCGACGCAGAAAGAAAUGGGGUACCUUUAGCAUAACUACAACAUCGGUUUCGAGCUGAAGUGCCUCCAUGUUAAUACGUAAAGAAACUAUUUUAUGUAUAAGUAUGUCAUUGCGUUUUGGCCUUUAAGAUUCGAGGAAUCGUAAUGGGACUAUAAUAUUCUAUGAUUAAACUUUUCAAGGCGGAAGCACAUGAAUUCUACCUCAGCGAGCAGACUUAGCCAAGAUGGCAAUUUCCACUGAUUGCAGACAUAAUUGGCUCACUACCACCUUUAUAUUCAUGUGAUUACUCUUUUUAUAAAUACAUUGCCAUAAGUUUAGACAAGCUGUUAACGUCACAAGUCUGACAAAAUGUUCCGUGUCACAGAUGCUGUAAUAGACUCCUUACGGGACACGAUUACUCAAGGCACUAGCAGUGCUGUUUCAAACGAACGACUCUACGGACGUGUUUGUAAUGAAAAUAUGUUUCUCCCAGUAGCUGGCACAAUUCAACAACCUGUACUAUUCAUCCGUCAUAUUGUGUUUUCUUAUAAGUCGAUAGAAAAAAUUAUAAAAUUUAGCGACAAGUGGAGAAGAUACAGAUAUAAGCCACGAAUUCAUGGCUCAUACUUGAUCUUGUAUGCCUCCGUGUGUGUGCGCACGACGUGCUAUGCCAGCCGGAUACCGCCGCAAAUCGUCGUCUGCUCGUAGUAAAUACUUCCAGCCAGCUGCUUACGAUCAGGCGCUAUUUCGUUAUGUUUACGCUUCCCAUCUCUAAGAUAUAUUUUGCCGAAAUCAUUAUAUGCCUCCGCAGAGGCUUUUACAGACGACAGUCGUCAUUUUCUCGGUCUGAUGCUCGUACAAAACAUUACGCUGAAAUUUGUAUCGAGCAUUAUUUGGGAUUAUUAUUACAGGGAUUAUGUAGUUAAAUCCAAUCAACCCACGCGUCCUUUGAGCUUCCUUUUUAAGCAGCAACUCUUCUUGCGCUUGCACCGAAUAUUUGACUCUGUUGAAACUCACAGAUUCGUCGGUGAAAAGUUGAUCGAUAUCGGUCCCUUACUGCUAGUACAUCAACAGUUAGAUAACUGUUGAUGGGAAUCAAUUAAAGGAAUUCUAUUGUUCUUAUGCAAUAGGAAAUAUCAUCCUUUUAUGAAGGGAGCUCACAGGUAGGUGAAGAUUAAAUGUUUUUCUGUGCAGUCCUUCUGACCUGCGAAUUCAAACCGAAUAAACGAACUCAACUCACAGGAAAAUGGCACAGAGCGAUUAUGCACGAUCGGGAUACUGCCGUCAUAUACGUGAUUUCUCAUGCCGUCGUCUUUCAAUUUUCAGGCUAUCUGACAGAAACCAGUCGCUUGUAGCUGUCUGUAGGGGAAAAGCUUUAUCUCGUGGAAAUUCGUAGACAUGCAUUCUCUGCAAUAAGGAGCAAAACAGCGAGCUUUCUUACUAAAUAGAUCGACCUUCGCGUUGCAGAACAAGCCUCUCAUAGUUUCACUCGACCGUUAACCGAUUAAGCCUUUGUAGCGUCCGCACAAAAGCUUACUGAGUGGUCUUCGUUGAUUAUCGAUUGCAAGAACCACGAACCGAAACGAUUCGUAGCAGCUGGUGUACUCGUCCCGUCGACCCAGUGAUCUGAGCUGAUCAAACCGAAGGCAGGCAAUCUGACAGACAUGAUGCGGAGGACGAAAAUGAAGACAGAACUGUUCAAAAAAUGGGUCAGUACCCCUACAAUAAAGUGCGCACAAAUACGCUCCGGUCCUUUUUUUUAUAUUCAUACAGAUCAGUUUGAAUCAGACGCUUUUGUUGUUAUGCAUACGAAGUAUGCGACUUAUGGCAGAGUAAUAUGUUACGAAAAAUUUACUGUCUAAGCCGACGUGAUCGGCCAGUCAUAGUGGAUUUAUAUGUACGUAUACAUACAUACAUACAUAUAAACGGCCUCAGCUCUAAGUUGUUACCUAAUCUUCUAAUUUUCUCUUCAGUAGCCAAUCGUUCAUGUCACUUGCUCAUCAAAUAUAUAAUUACAUGUUAUUGUUGUACAUCAGUGUGCAUCAGAGCACCGUAAUCUAUGGGUUUAUUUUUGAAUGCGUGUACGUCUUGUUCCAAUGCAUAUUUGGGCAUCCAAGGACUGUAGACUAGCUUGGAUCUACAUUCCUGGAAGCUGUCUGAGGUCGAAAAAACUGAAUUAUAAAUUAUAACUAGUCUAUUAUAAUUAACUCCAACACGGUAAGAAUGUUAUCAUCUGCAUGAUUCCAGGCGCCGAUUGGGCGAAUCAGGAGAUCUUCCAUUGUUAACGAUAGGUAAUAAGAUAAACUGUUGAGACGGGCAGCUUUACAUUGUCAGUAUAUCUCUAAAUAACGGAAAACACUAGAAAUGUACAUAGGCAAACUGCUGUAUCGGCCCGCUGAUUUUAAGUUCAGCUGCUAUGCCAUGUUCAGCAAUGCAGUUGAAAACGGUGUGUAGUACCUCGGAAAUGCCACUAAAGUUGACUACGUGGAGCACCACUGACAACUGCAGGACAUAAGGCGCAAGUGCUAUACACUCAGUCGGUAUAGUACGCGCGAAUCUUUGCUCACAUACGUUUCUACGAUUACCCGAUUACGUAAAGGUCCGUUGAUCUAUCGGCAGGAGGUGCCUGCUGUUGAGGGGAAACAGUACAGAAAAGCAGGCCGAAUUGAAUCAGAGUGAGGUACGUGGCAAAUAUCGGAUGAUUUCACGUGAAACGUCAUUGCUCUUGAAAUAUUUGCGGCUGUUUACGCCACUGUUGACCAUACGCAAGCACUCCCCAUCUUUAUAGUGGGAGUCUUUAUUUCGUUAGCAUAGAAGGCUUGCCUGACUAGAUAGAAGACCAACGUCACAACGAAAAACAACGAUCCAUGAUUUCCUUGAAGGUUUUCCGAAUACAAACGUGUUUGCUAUUGUGAUGCUUAUUACUUGACAGUUGGGUUCGCUCUGAGGAUAGCCAGGCCAUGGGGCUAAGCCCUGCUGGCAACGAGUGUCGUAACUAUUUGUUCUAAUCUAUGAACGGUAUGAAGCGUUUAUCUAUAGCUAGUAACGUAACUCGAUCGCUAUGUACGUACGUUAGGUAGUGAUGCGCGAAACACAUAAUUUUUAUAAUAGACCCUUGGCAGGUAUUGUGCAUACAUGCUGUACGAAUAUGUAACGCGUUCUUCUUGCAGGGGCGCAUUCUCACAGGUAGUGCUCGCGGAAAGCCGCGAACGCGCAGGAGAAAUGUUAGCGGUGAAAUGCAUCGACAAGAAAGCCCUCAGAGGAAAAGAGGACUCGCUUGAAAAUGAAGUCAAGGUGCUGAGGAAGCUCAAACAUCCAAACAUUGUCCAGUUGCUCGAGACGUAUGAAGACAAAAAUAAGGUCUACCUCGUCAUGGAGCUGGUAACGGGGGGUGAGUUGUUUGACCGAAUCGUGGAAAAAGGCAGCUAUACGGAACAGGACGCUUCGCACUUGAUCAAGCAGAUACUUGAAGCUGUUGAUUAUAUGCACUCACAGGGAGUCGUCCACCGCGACCUCAAACCCGAGAACCUGUUGUACUACUCGUCUGAUGAAGACUCCAAGAUUAUGAUCAGCGAUUUUGGAUUAUCAAAAAUGGAGGACUCCGGCGUCAUGGCGACGGCGUGCGGCACUCCAGGUUAUGUCGCUCCUGAGGUGCUCGCUCAGAAGCCUUACGGGAAAGCCGUUGAUGUGUGGUCAAUGGGAGUUAUUGCGUACAUUUUGCUGUGCGGCUAUCCACCCUUCUACGACGAGUCAGACGCAAACCUGUUCGCUCAAAUUAUUAAAGGAGAUUUCGAAUUCGAUUCGCCAUAUUGGGACGAUAUCAGUGAAUCGGCGAAAGAUUUUAUCCGUCAUCUGAUCUGCGUCGAUGUCGAAAAGCGCUACACGUGCCGACAAGCGCUUGGCCAUCCAUGGAUAUCUGGGAAUACGGCGUCGUCGAAGAACAUCCAUGGCUCAGUCAGCGAACAGCUCAAGAAGAACUUCGCUAAAACAAAAUGGCGGCAAGCAUAUAACGCGACAGCCGUUAUCAGGCAGAUGCGCAAGCUGGCUAUGGGCUCUCAGUCAUCCUCGGGUCACUCUUCACCGCAACCACCUCACACAUCAGGACAAGAGCAUGAUAACAGCACGCUGUCCGAUUCCGCUGCCCCCAGUCCCAAGAUGACUUCGACCGCUGCCGCUACCGCUACCCCGACGGCAGCAGAUUGAACCUGCAGAACAAAACAAAGUGAAGUAGAUAACAGCGCGUCAUCAUCCCUCAACAACAAAAAAAACAGGACAGAUGGCCGACUUUUCACCCCCGAUUACCACCUCCACUAACGACGUCGCGUAGUGACACAUAGAAAGACGAUACUGAUACGGAAUGGAUGCGUGGAGCAUGGAAUUUAGUAAAUUAAUUAAUCAGACGAUGAUGUGCGACGCGCCACAGGAUACAUUGGUUACCGUGUAUCAUUUAGCGUCAACAUGACGCCUCUUUACUCAGUUAACACCUAUUGGUUAAUUAGACUGCAGCAGAAACAUCAAAACAAUCAACUCAACCCAUAACGUCGAACGCCAGAUCGUGUACUGGCUCUGCUGACCGUUGAUCGACUGACGCUUUCGGUAGUGUCGUCGAGCACUUGCCAUAAGUAAAGCGUAUAGUUCGUUGGUUUGUACGCAUAGCUAGUCAAGUGUGUAAAGCGCCAGCCACAUUGGCCUUAAAGCACAGCGUUUUUAACAGAAAUGGACAAAAAUACAUACAAAGAAGCAGUAGAGAUUUACGCGACGGAAAAUGAAUCAGCUCGUUGAGCCGCUGGUCCACUGGGGUGGCGCUCAUCGAACUUUAUACAGAGGAACCAAUAGUAUCGAGACAUAGUAAUACCGAUCGUGAUGAUAUAUAUACACACAUACAUAAAGCAACUCAUUAUAUAAGAAUAAAAUACAAAUAAUUAUUUUCGUGUUAAUUACCAACGUAUUUGAAUAAAACUAUCGUAGCAGAUGAAUAUCAAAAAGAGGAAAAACGAUGAAAAGUGUAACGACUAGGACUUAUUAUAAUGAGGCUACUAUUACUAUAAUAACACGACGGAUAAUUACUAGGCAUAGUCGCCUGUGUAGAUCAGCAGCAAUUUAACUGGUCGGUCGUUAUAUAAAUUAACAUGUUGACGAGGCGAUGACGAGGACAACAUGUAACUAGACAUAAGGACAGUAAGAAGGCGGAGUAAAAAACGGUUUAACAUGGCCGCUCGUUUCUCGUUGCGCCCUAUAGGUACUAAUUCAUAUUACGCCAGCAGUAUCUAAACAACCGCAUUUAAUAUAUGUGUCUCCAUUCCUUCUCCUCGUGCAUAGACUCCCCGUAGUCCCAAAUCGAUUUCGGCAUAUGAUAGAUCUUAGCAAUGGCAAUGGUCGUAUAGUUAAUCGAUCAAACCGAACAUACCAUUAAAUAUUUACGGGGAAGACAAAAAGUUCGAAUUCGGUGUACUAGAAAGAUCCCAGCCAGUACGGUGGCCCACAGAAUCUGCGUUCAUUUUCUGUCUACAGAUAGAUAUAUACAUUUUCCAGUUAAAAUUACAUCUCACAACAUGGACCAAAUAUUUGGAAAAAAUUUCAGGCCAAAAAUAUAAUAUAUAAAUAAGAUAAUAGCGAGCACCUAGGACAUCGCAGGCUUAUCGGCAAGUCUAGGAUAGCGAUUAGGCCGUCGCAGAUAUCGCGGUCUUAUAUUCCUUUUUUGUCCAUUCGUCGAAAAUCUGGGAUAUUUCAGUGUAAGUAAUUAUGCAUGCACGUCGCUUCGCUUACCUAAGCUCUUAGUUGGGCUGCGAGCAUACUUUAAGAACCGCUAUAGCAGGGGCGGCCCCUUUCUGUUUAGACUGGUCUGAAAAACGAGCUGGUGAAAAUUGUAGUGUCGAGGUAACCUUACAUCAUUGGGUCUGUAUAUAUUACCUCGUGACGUCCGCAUCGUGGCCGUCGUCGAACACGAAGCUCCAAAGAAAGCUCAGGGCAUAGUAUAAAUGAUAUCGGCCGUGAAGGUGAGAUAGCACAGCAGUGAAAACGAUGAAUAGAAACGAGCUGCCGGAACUGGGGCAAAUGAAACGAGCGAAUUACGUAAAAAUACACUUGUACUGUUACAUGUUUUGAACAGCGAAGUCGUUGGCAGAGGCGGUCACGCAAGCAGCUCCUGUUGCUGUCUUACAGGCCGCUUCCGACGGCCGCGACUCGUCGUGAUAGUUGUCGAUACCGACGUACGUAAUCUGCAUACCGUCUCGAAAGAUGACCCGUUUUUAGCAGAUAAAGAAGACGACGACGGAGAUGAAACGAGUUCUCGUGGAGGCCAGUGAAGAUUUAGAGAAACAGGGCGAGAAAAGAUCGGCUGAUAGACCGGGAUUAGAUAAAAAAAAAAAAAGACUGCCAGCCCACCCUAAUUAUUCUCGACGCUCGUCGAAAGCAGAAACCAACGAUUUGAAGAGGCUGUUCGCCCAAGUGAGUUCCAACUUUUGCGAGGAAAGCUGCUAAUCCAAAGUUAGAAACUCAAAGCACCUCUUUGUCCAGCCCUGUGGACGUUCAUCAGCGAAUACUGCUGGCAGUACCAGUAGAUCGGCUACCUGACUGGCGGCUAUAAAAUUCUGCCCCGUAUUGUUGGGGGCUAAGAUUUUUUCUCGAAAUGCCGCACUACAUGCGUAAUAAUCACAUGCAAACACUAAAUCAUAAAGUUUUUUUAAAAGCAAAAACAACAUUCAAUUUCUUAGCAUUUCUGCAGAAAUUCUCAGCAUGCUCACGAUAAAGUCAUUCAGGCCUAUUCAUACUGUAGCCUUCUACAUUCGUAGCAACAACCUAUUCUUUCUAUCGAACUUACGAAAUGCCCUUUGACAAUAUACAUGCCUAUUUUUUUUUCUCUCUUUUAAAAGUUCCUUGAUGUUAUAAACUGUUUUUGUACGACGUCAUAAUCUCAAGAGGUAAUUGUCUUAAGUAAGAAAGAACGUUGGAUACCUCUGUUUUUCGCAGAAUUGAUUUGACAUGUGAUUAGCCGCAAGAGAAAUGUAAGAACACGUUUUUAAAAAUCUGUUAUUACUAUUACCCUAUAGCUGUCCAGGGAUUUUCGCAAAAAAACGUCCAUUAGCCGGAACACUUUACUCUUUACUUACCAGUACUAUAACGUUAUAGUAUUGGUAAAACUGUUAAAACAGUCUUGCCAACAGUCGAUUUAGUCUUUUUAUUUUUUAUAUCUAGAAGGUGUUAACGACAACAGAUAAAAGAAGACAAAGAGCCAAUUUGUUACAAAUAAAUUUAUACACAAUUUUAUAUAUAUAUAUAUAUACAUUGCGCAAUUGGUCGGAGAUUUUAUAUUUAUCUAUUAUGUAUCCAUAUGAACAACUCGACUAUCUGAGUCUCAACCCAUAUCCUCAAUUGUCAACGGUGCGACCUGGACUGGGAAAUAUGAGUGCGACUCUAUGGGUCGUAGCAACGAAAAGUAGUCGGAAGCUAUCGGAGGUGAAGGGCACAUAUGUUUUUGGCCAUAGCACUAACCAGGGAAGGGCUGCCAAAAGGUAAUUCUAGCUAACACCGUAAUAAAACGAUUGUAGAAAUCGUUUAAUUUGCUUUAGUACAUGGAUAUUAUGAUGUAACUGCAAGUUAAACUAAUAUAAACUGUUUGAAUAUACUGUAGUCAUAUGAAGAACCAUAUACAUACGAUUAUAUAUUCGUAUAUGGCAAAUUAUAUGAGAAACUGCGUAUUCUAAGGAAAGAAAAAGAUUGCCCACAGAUACUGGGAUACGAAUAUAGUUCGGUUUACUCCGUGAGUACAUCCGGAUUCACACACCUAUACUAUAUAAGGGAUACAACAUAUUCUAGAGGAAAAAGAAAAACAAAGAUUCUAAAAGCUUUAUUAAUUAGUACUAACAGUGCUCACUAUAAUGCUGUUUUACUUCAUUCCUCGAAACAGCCCAUCAGCAAGGAAACAUGUAACCUCCCCAUCAACAUAUCGUAAAUAAUUAGAGGUAGAGUUCAAAUGCACGUACUUUCUCUCGCUUCAGGUGUUAGCACUAUCGCCUCUAGAACCUGACCUGACAUGCUCCAACGAUACAAAUAGAGUGUGUAUAAUACAAAUAGAAAUAACAGUAUCGAUAUCAUACAAGCCAAAACAACACCGCUAUCGGUUUGUACCAAAUAUCGAAAUUAACACGUCUUAUAGUUCUGUCUUACGCAUAUAUUCGCCAACAUAAACUUAACAGAGACCACUGUCAAUCUUUUAUAAUCUACCGAUAACGAUACUGUGAAGAUGAACGCUGAUCCGUAUCACCUCAGAAUCACAGUGAAGUGGCUACACUGAGAAUAAGAGUACAUUCGUGUAUCAAGAUGGCCCGCUACGACAGCGUCGUAAGAGAGAAACAUAUAAAACAGCACUCGAACAGACGAAUGCAAAGAUCGGAAGCAAGAGCACGAACGCCAUCACGGGGAAUAGAUCCCGGUAUAUGUUGCGGAAGGCAUAAUGUCACAUGAUGUUCUAAAGCGAUCCGAGAGACUUUUUAUGAUAAAAGGAGAACAUUUUAGCAGAGCAUCGAACUUUGUUUGCAUAGGAAGUAAUACCAAAAUAUUGCUAAAAAAAAGCGCUUCCCCCAGCACAACGAAGGCUCAACAACAGCCUACUUCAUAAAUGUUUUUGGACAUUCUAUAACAUGGCGAUAGAACCUCUCUUGUUAGACGUCGUUUUCGCUCCUGGUUUGCCAAUAUGUUAAUCGCUGACUAGCCUGUUAUGCGGUGCAAAAUUAGACAGCAAACGCUUAGUUCCGAAAGUAUACGGGCAUUCUGACCCAUACAUAUCUCGUGUCGAUGAUAUGAGCUGCUGGCUGCUAAUGUCUUGACAAAAUGGUGCUGUUCUAGGUUUCUAGUACGCAUGACAGGGUUUCUGUGUGUGUGUGUGUGUGUGUGUGUGUGUUAGUGUGUGUGUGUGUGUGUGUGUGUGUGUGUGUGUGUGUGUGUGUGUGUGUGUGUGUGUGUGUGUGUUUGCCGAAAAAGAAGCUGACAGUAUUAAGCCAAACGUUUUAAGGAUCACCUGGCGUCGCAAGGACACAAUAUCAUUGCCUCACUGCUGUCGAGUUGAAUACUAAAGUUUACUUUGCAGUGCUUGAAAGGGCAACCAAGUGCCGUCAUUAGCAACCGUACAACGGUUGUCUGUUUGGGCUUUCGCUUAGGUAAAUUGUCACGCCGAAAGCCGAUUGUUGGUGAAAUAAUUAAACAACAAAGAAAAAAGUAGUUACGCUCCAACAAAGUUCUUACGAAAGAGCAUGGGCUUCUUCAACUUCUUCUGGAGCUAAUUCAACAGACGGAAUAGGCUUUGUUUCACCCGUGCGCUGUGUUUAUGUCCAUCUACUUAUUAAAUGAUCAGCUUUUCGAGACGGCGCGCGAUUCGAGGGCCACGGACGUGUGACAUGAUAGAGUUUUUGAAGCAAACUUAAAACAGGGUCACUUAAUAGUGUUUACCAGAUCGUGUCUCGUGGAUCGAUAAGUCCGCUACCACAAGUUUGUCGCUGCUAUGAUCAUAUCAGUGUCAGUGAGCCGAGAAAGAUCUCUGAAGUCGCUUGCAAUUAUUCUCAAUAUUCAUACCUAUAAACGAUACUUCUGUUUUUUUUUCAAAUGCGUCACAAGUACGUAGCCUAAAUUAGAAUUAAAAUCGUGUUUUUCAUCUGCUAAUGCUUUGUCCUAGCAGGCUAGCCUUUGUGUUCGUCUUGCCUUAGACCCACUGAGCCUGAACACAGUGUGUGUUCGCGCACGUCAAAUGAAAUUUCGAUGAUUCAGAUCGGCGUUGCAAUGUUGUCACCAGACGUCGAAGCGGACGCAGCCACGCCAGAAACACGACCGAUUCAAUUGGAAUCUUCAAGGCAAACAAACGUCCUGACCGGAAAGUGCGUAAGCCAGUUAGCCCGUAUUAUUGCAGCACGCGCACUGGAUUAUAAUUUUUCAGUCAGUUUCGGGCCUUAGCUUACAUUCACUUGGUCUAAAAUGCAGCGUUGAAGUUCAGUCGACCUUAUCAGUAGGGUCCCUUUUAUUUGAAAGAAGCUAAAAUCAUUUACAAAGUGAAGAUCAACGGCAGUGGUGAUGGACUUGUCGUACUCGUGUUGAAAAAUGCUCGAGCCGUAUAUUUGGUCUUCAAAAAUGCCUAAUAAUUCUCAUUAGGACGAUCAAAUCGUAAAUACUUAUAUGUUAUAACGUAGAAAAAUAAAUCUUCGUGUUUUUACGUACGGUCAACGCGUCCUCUUUUCCUGCAAACGAUUCGGUGAAAUUGCUUAACAUCACUGAACACAUCUGGCAUUUGUGACCGCAUGACACAAGAGAGAGUUAUAAACACACCGAAAUUAUGUUCUAUAAGCUUCUUUACCAAAUAGAAUUUAGGCUGUCGAUGUGAAUGGUGGCAAUACAACCUGUGUAUGACUCACUUUCUCCUGGUUGAUUGGAAAUAAUAUGGAAAAAGGUCAAGAUAUAACCUGUUUUGGACGAAAUGAAACUUGUCAUCAUUGCAUACGAUUCACGUAUUUGUAGCAAAAAUAUAUGCAGACGCGCAUACGAAGAUUGAAACCGCCAACGAUGCGAUCUGUUAUGAAACUGAAAAAAAAAAUUACUAAUUUUUUAAUACUAUACAUCCAGUUAUUAGGGUAAACUAUGAUAAAAUCAAACAAUUACUAGUGAUCACUGUAUAAUCGAUGUCCUCAUAACAAAUAAUGCGGCAAUUUUCAAAUAAUUUAAAAUAUCAAAAUGUAGAACAGGGUUAUUCAAAGCGUCUGUAUACUAAGAUGACAAUAAUCAAAAUUCGUAAGUUUUUAGAUAGAAAAUACAGAAUAAAUAAGUAAGUCAAUUACACACACCGAAACCCAAUCUGUUGCAAGUAAAGAAUAAAAUCAAGGCUAUAUAUAUAUAUAUAUAUAUAUAUAUAUAUUGAACGAACGAAGUGUACGUACGUGCAUGUUUCAGAGUCUGUCUGAGGUCUUCGUGUUUGUCUGAAUGGGAAAUAUUCGUGACACCUUUUACCGACGUGUCCAUUAUUCAUCAGGAAAAUCUCAGAACAGGGAAGAUAUUCAAGGAACAAUGGAAAGGCCAUUUCUGUUCUCGUUCGUACAUAAUGAUCAGCUCAAAAAAAUAAAGGGGAGACACAACGUACUUCCCAGCUGCCUGGAAAAAAAAUGUUAUAACCUGUGAUGAUUAAUGAUGAAAAAGUAAAGUGGCAGCAAACAUGACAGUGGGUACAAAAAUAGUAAAUAUUUCUUAGAACUGGUCGGCUGGCCGAAAUCCAAUCUCGUUUGUUUGCUGCCCCCCAGAACGCGCAGAGAAGAUAUAGGCGGUGAAAAGAUAGGAAAACUAAUGAUAUUCAUGGUACAUGAUAACAAUGAAGUAUUAGAUAUAGUAUAUAAUUAUAUAUAAUCUUUAUUUAUAUAAGUUCUAUAUGAAGAUAUGGUUGAUCAUAAGACCACUAAUAAUAUCACCAGUAAUAAAAAUACAAAAAUUAUUAAGAUGAAUGGGGAAGAAUCAUACAUAGGCCAGUGCACGAUAGCAGCGAUAUACUGCACACAGCCCAACAAAGAUCAUUACGGAACGGCGCUGCGAGAGAUGACAUCGACAUUAUCUAUUACUAAAUAAGUUGCUAAGCCAUGAGAAACUGCUAAUUAACUAAAA